CUUUCGGUCCCUCUACUGAAUUUUGCGAUUGAGACCAGCCAAAUCACGAUACAUCCAUCAAGACACCGACAGGAAAUCAGUCAAGAUGGUUGCCGCAAAGAAGCACGUCCCGAUCGUCAAGAAGCGAACCAAGACUUUCAACCGUCACCAGAGUGAUCGGUUCAAAUGUCUUGCCUCCAGCUGGCGAAAGCCUAAGGGUAUCGACAACCGAGUUCGACGACGGUUCAGAGGCAACAUGACUAUGCCUUCGAUCGGUUUCGGUUCCAACAAGAAAACUCGCCACAUGAUGCCCUCCGGCCACAAGGCCUUCCUCGUCAGCAACACCAAGGAUGUUGAGUUGUUGUUAAUGCACAACCGCACUUUUGCCGCAGAGAUCGCCCACAACGUUUCCUCAAGAAAGCGAAUCGACAUCAUCGCGCGCGCUAAGCAACUGGGCGUUAAGGUCACCAACCCGAAGGCCAAGAUUACUACGGAGGUUUAAGGUGUUGGCUGGUGUUGACGGUGACAAUGAAAUGGGUCCGGUUUCUCGUUUUCGGCAACUAUUUGCAUGCAUGGGAAGGGUUUUGCGCUCUAUGGUCUACGGACGGAUAUUCGAGCUAGCAUGUAUUUCGUGCUAGGAAAUACA